AUGUUGAUGCGUGUUUUUGUGAUUUUUCUUUUAUUUGCUUUCUGCAAUGCAUCAAAUAAUGCUUGUCAAAGUUCACAAAGUGAUUUUACAACGACAAAAAACAACGGUGAGAUUCUUUCACCGAAAGAUAUCAUUUCAACUCAUGCUGUUCCCAAUCACAUUGAAUGUUUCACGAAGUGUCAUCAACAGAAGCUAUGUGUUGCCUUCAAUUUCUUAUUUCAUGCAAAGGAACAUGAGAUAAACUGCCAAAUUACUAAUGCCAAAUUACAUGACAGCAAUUUAACGAAACUAGCCUCAGAAGGAAAAUGGACUUUUUAUCAAAGUCUACUACCGACGGAAAAAGACUGUGCAGAUCUCUACAAAAAAGGUGAAAAAAGGAACGGAGUUUAUGUAAUUGAUCCAGAUGGCCAGGGCACAUUCAGUGUCUUCUGUGAUAUGACGUCAUCUGGUGGAGGUUGGACUGUGUUUCAAAGACGUCAAGAUGGAAGUGUAAACUUCUAUCGAGGUUGGAAAGACUAUAAACAAGGUUUUGGCGAUCUGAAAGGCGAAUUCUGGCUAGGAUUGGAUAAAAUAUACCGACUAACAUCAGCCAAGAGAAAUAAACUUCGUGUUGACCUGGGAGACUGGUCAGGAAACAAAGCAUAUGCUGAAUAUGAUUAUUUUUCUGUAAAGAAUGAAAGUAAAAAAUAUCAACUAAGUCGUGGAGCAUAUUCUGGAAAUGCUGAAGAUUCAUUAUCUUAUCAUAAUGGCAUGGCGUUUACAACCAAAGAUUCAGAUAAUGAUAAACGAGGAAACUGCGCCAUUCUCCACAGUGGUGCUUGGUGGUAUAAUGCUUGUCAUGAAUCUAACCUAAAUGGACACUACUAUAGUGGAGCAUACAGCAGUUCGACUGGUGUGAAUUGGUAUUAUUGGAAAAAUAACUAUGAAUCCUUAAAGUUUACUGAGAUGAAAAUAAAACCAUGAAGAAUUUCCAAAGACUGCGAUGUUAUAAAUUUGAUCAUUAUUCCUAAUGAAACUUUCAACA